UCUCCAUCACACUUACACAGAACAAAACGCAAUCAACGGUCCCUGAUUUCUCUACAAAACCCAAAAUGACCAAACCAACACUGAUCAAGCCAGAAACAGUCGUGAUCCAGUGCGACAGCGAUGUUCCUGCGGGCAAUCGGACGGCCAUUGCUGGCCAGAGUGAAGCAAACGACAGGGAUUGUUGGAUUGGACGUGGUCCCGAAUGCGAGAGCAGUUUUGAUCAAUCUAUACUCCAAAACCCUAAAAGAGAUCAAAGCAGUGCCGGAAGAUGAAGGAUACCGGAAAGCAGUGGAGACAUUCACGAAACACAGACUUACAGUCUGUGAAGAAGAAGAAGAAUGGGAGAAGAUUGAAGAACGGAUUGACUGUGGUCAGGUCGAAGAAGCUCAGGAUGAGCUCAAGCUCAUCGGAAAAAUGAUCGGUUUUCCUCUUGACCGAAAUGCUAUUCAACCCAAGUUUUUGAUUGAUUACAACAGGCAACCAAUUUCCAGGACUCAUGGAGUGUGUAUUGGAAUACUUGAGAUUAUAGUUGCUUAAUCAUUACUAAUUUGUUAGUUUGAUGCUUGUUGGCUAAGGUACUAUUUCUGAAAUGCGUGGAGUUUGGUUCAAUGCUCUACAUUUUUUGUAGUUUUAACUGUAGUGUCACAGUAAGUUUAAUGUGAAAUGAAGCUUGAUUCUGCAGGUAUCUUGUCAGUAAUAAUAAAUUAAGAGAAUAGGGUUGUGUGUUAUUAGCCACGUUAAGUUCCUAACCAGUUGGUAACUCUAAUGGAUAUUUUCCUCAGUUUGUUCUGAUUGCACAUUUUUGUGAGCUUUUGCUAUUCAUUUUUCGACCUCUUUAAUGUAAAUCAUUCUAAGCUUACCGAGUUUACCAAUUUGUAUGCAUGGAAGAUUUUCUUGGAGUAUCUUUCCGGCAAAAGAAAGCAAAAGGAAAAAAAGAGAAAAAGAAGUAUGCAUAUGGAUUUUAAACUUUCAUUUGCAUUAGAAUCCCUUUAACAACUGACAUGAUUUUGUUCCG